GCCUCCAAUCAAUCCACGCUUGUUUCCUUUCUUUUUCAUUUUUCCUCACUGCAAAAACUUCGCUCCUAAUUUCCUAAUUUCUCAGACUCAGACACAGACCCUUUGCUGAUUCAACAAUUGGAGAAGAGUUAAUGUCACACAUUGAGGAUUUUGACAACACCGUAAGAUUCUGAAAUGCCAAAGGACAGAAGAGUUUGCUCCACUUACUGUCUUCGUUCUAGGAAAUCUCCAAUUCCUAUAAGUUCCAAGGAUGCCAGGCAAGACAAAUCCAAAACCUUUGGAGGACAAGGUGCGGAUGUGAAGGAAUGGGAAGAAGUUAGGUGCCCCAUCUGCAUGGAGCAUCCUCAUAGUGCUGUCCUGUUGCGAUGUUCAUGUUAUGAAAAAGGUUGCCGCCCCUACAUUUGCAAUACAAGCGACCGCCACUCUAACUGUCUCUCGAAGUAUUGCGCAUAUUUUGGUUCAUCAUGUGAAUCUCGGUCACAAAGAAAGCUUGUAUGCCCUCUUUGUCGAGGGCAAGUCAGUGAUUGGGUUGUUGUUGAGCCUGCACGCCAGUUCAUGAAUUCCAAAGCAAGGAGCUGUUCACAUGAGGCAUGUGAUUUUAGUGGGACUUAUGUCCAACUCAGGAAUCAUACUAGGAAAGAGCACCCCACAAGUCGGCCAUCAGAGGUUGACCCUGCUCGCCAGCAAGAGUGGAUAAGGCUGGAGCGUGAAACGGAAUUGAAUGAUGUUAUAUCUGUGUACCUAUCAGAUUUACAGGACAGUAGAGGAGAGAGCUUUUCACCAUCACGUAUUGACAGGUUUCGGAAUUUCUUGCGCCAGAUGAUUCUCUAUCCUGAGACUUCAGCAGAGCGGCGGGGAUCAGAUACUGUGAUAAUUAUCUAGCCCAAGUCUUCUGCAGAGCAGAGAUCUUCUCUUUCAUCUAGAACAUAAUGGAUUGAUCAGCACCAUGGGGAAGGUAGUUGGUUAGUCCAUCACAAAUCUUGUCCAUUCUUUUUUAAAAGUUAAAAAAAAAAAAAAAAUGUGGGAAGGUAUUAUUUAAAAAAUAAAAUAAAAUAAUUAUGUUGUUGUUACAUAUCAAAGUGGAUAUCAGUUUUUCCUAAAAUGGUUCAUAUAAUUCUGUUAGGUGCUGAAUACUUGAAUAGUUAAAAAAAAUUAUACAUUUUAAUUUUCCUCUUGGACAAUUACAUAUUGACAGUUGAAAGUCAUACUGGUAAGUGGUAA